UACGAUUUGUUCGACGUAUACAAUGCUGGGCAAAAAGAAAAGGAUUUGAAACAUUUAACUACGCAAACACUUUUUAUAGCACAACAACAAAGAUCACGUUAUUGAAACCAGAAAUAAACAUAACAAAUACGAAUAAAUUUGAUCAGGAUUAUGUACGUAAAGUCCACCAUGAUUUAUCUAUUCGGUUUUAUGGUUAAUUUUUGUUGUAUCACAGGCUGAAGGUAUGCUGCUGAUUCAAUGCAACGUAUACAGUCCAACUAAGAAGUCAUCGACAGAAACAUGGACAAGAUAUCCCAGAUAGAAAAUUUAACAGAAGAUAAAAUUGAAGAAUACAGAGAGGCAUUCAAACUUUUUGACAAAGACGGAAAUGGCUCAAUCACGACGGGGGAGUUGAUAACAAUACUAAAAAGACUGGGACAAAACCCCACAGACGCUGAAAUUAACGAAAUCGUCACGGAAGUGGAUGCCGACGGCAAUGGUGACAUUGACUUUCCCGAAUUUUUAUUACUGAUGUCAAAGAGGGAAAAAGAAGAGGAAACAGAUGACGAUUUGUUAGAGGCUUUCCGAGUGUUUGAUCGGGAUGGCGAUGGACACAUCAGCACAACAGAACUACGAAUGGUGAUGUUGAAUCUCGGGGAGAAAAUGAGCGAGGAAGAGGUGGAGAACAUGAUGAAAGAGGCAGAUGAAGAUGGCGAUGGCCAAGUGAAUUACCAAGAAUUCGUCAAGAUGAUGACAAACAGGCAGUAA